AUGAAACUUGGAGUAGAUGGGAAACGGCGUGUAAUCGUUGUCAUCAUCGUACUCACAAUUAAGGAGGAAAUAUUGGCAGAUGUCUAUAGGAAUAAUUCGAAGUGGCGUUUUGAAAGUGAUAGUUUCCGCACCAACAAUGCUGCUACAACUGGUAAAGAAAAAUAUGCAAACAAACUACCAAGCCCGUUCUGUGGUGCUGCAGUGUGUCUCCGCCCUCUUGAACAAGGUUUGGACGCAGCUCUUCUUGUGGUUUACUGGGUGAUUGCUGUUGUAGUUCAGCAUUUGAUCUGUAUGAGUCUCCUUCCGAUAUAUGGAGGUGUCCAGAGUCCCGUCCAUCUUUCCGUUCGCUAA